AUGAGUUCUAUCAACAAAUACUCUUGUGAAACAUGCUCGGAGACCUUUGACAGCCCCAAUGAUGCGCAAAAGCAUUUCUCAGUGACAAGACACAAGACUGUGAGAGUUUUCCCAAAUGACGAGACUUUAGAAUGUGAAGAAUGUGCAGAUUCCAAUAUCCACCAACUAGCCAUAUUGCGUUAUGGAUUCAAUGAUAUGGCGUUAAUGUGUCACCAGUGCUUGGACAGUAACACAAAUGACACGGGAGAAAGCCCGACAGCCGAGUACACGUUAGCCAAUGGUGCAUUGUUUGGGAAACUAGCGCAAUACAUCAAGUUUAGAGAUAUUGAAUGUGAAUCAUGUGGAGAAGGAGAUGACUUGAAUGUUGCAAAUACUCCCAGUGGUCAAAUCAUCAAAUGCAAAAAGUGCCUACUGGGCUCACCACAGGCAAAUCUCACUUUCGUUAGUGAAGAUGACGAUAAAUUUUUAACUGAGCUUUUGGGAUUGAAAGAGGUGGUUGUUAAAAGCAGAUCUACAGGAAGAAGAGGUGGGAGACGCGGUGGAAGAGGGGGCAGAAGGGGUGGACGUGGUGGAAGGACUGAGGGAAGACCCAGGCGAGUGAAAAAAGAGGAUCCGGAAGCAGAAUCAAGAAGACAACAUUACCAGGAGUCAAAAGAAUUUGCCAGUCAGGUCAAGUCUGGAUCCACUGUGAGAGCUGUUGGUGCUGGUAGCUUUGGCUCUAGUAUGGGAAAAUACCAACAAAAUGCCAAGAAUGGUAAAGACGGUAAAAGAAAUGCGCAUAAAGAUAUGGCGAAAGGCAACACGGCAAAGGCAAGCACAAAAAACAACAUUAAUUCAAAGAGUAACACCAGUGUAAAGAGUAACACCAGUGCAAAGACCAAUGCAAAGACUAAUACAGGGCCCAAAGCGUUUUCACAGGCUAAGCCAAAUAAUACCAAAAAUGCCAAGUCCAAGAAGAGCGAAAACUCAAACGACAACAAAUCCAUCGAUAGCAAGAACCCCUCUGGUUCUAAUGAUGGAAAAUUAAAAUUACCUGAACUUUUCCAGGUUGUUACGUUUGAUGAAAAGGGUGUAAUGCGGACACCUAAGAAAGACUCGGGAAGUUUUAGGAACAGCACAUGCAAGUCUGAAAACAAGAACACCUCGUCUAAGUCAGGCAUCAAUCUGAAGAAAAACCCUAAAGAGGGAGCCACUAAACUGAAGAAAUCCAAGAGUCCUUCCACUCAGCAAACACCAGGUAGUCUUCAAGAGCCUGUCCCUAGACGGAGUUCUCCUGCACAGAAAACACCAUCCAGAGCAUCGACACCACUGUCGGAGUUAGUUUUGCCUCCUUACAUUACCAAAUACCACCCUUCUUCGAAAUUGAAACUCGCAUAUGACAACAUUGAUGAAUAUUAUAGGGAAAUGAGUUUCAAUGUCUUUUUGGAAGAUCAACUCACAAACGUGCUGAAUAUAAUCGAGCCCCAAGACUUGAUUAUCGAAUGGUAUCAAGAUCAAGACAAAAAGAACAACCAGUUCAAGGUGAGUAUACCAAUGAAGCCAGAAGUAAUGGAUAAAUUCUUGUCAGAUCGAUUUAAAAAAUUGAAAAAAGAUCCAUUUCAAAAAGACCAGGCAAUGUUUUUGAUUUUGGAUGACCAGAUUCCGUGGUAUGGGAAAGUGGCCACAGUAGAUAGUGUCAAGACAGGAAAGAAUCGCAAAACCGCCAAAGUCAGUCACGUAGAGUUGAUUAUUAUUCUUUACAAGUGGAAUAAUCAACCUUUACCGAAAACAGUACAUGCCCAACAUUUGAAACUUUUACCAGCAUCGGUUCCAGUGAGUCGAAUAUUCAAUGCGAUGGACAAUCUAUCAAACCCAAGUUUUAUCAAAAUGUUGUUAGGAAAAGAGCCAAUCAAACAAAUUUCAUUCAACAAUAGAGUCAAUUUCUCAUCAACUUUGAAUGAUUCCCAAAAGGCAGCCAUUCAGUCUGUAUUGAAUAACAAGAUUAGUGUGGUGCAGGGCCCGCCUGGAACGGGUAAAACAUCAGCCAUCUAUGAAACUGUAAUCCAGUUGCUUGAGUCAUUGAAUACAUAUCCGAUAUUAGUUGUUGCAGCCUCGAACAUUGCGAUUGAUAAUAUUGCUGAAAAGUUAUUGCCCAAACAUGGCAAACUGAUUUUGAGAGUAGCUGCAACAUCAAAGGAAAAGGAAUACAGCAGGGACCACCCAUUAGCCAGCAUUUGCUUACAUCAUAAAAUCUAUGAUGCAAUGUCAUUGAAACAUCAGCAAGUGCAAAAUGAUUUGAGACGUGGCACUGGAGUCAUCAGUGGUAAUGCUUAUAAGCAAUUUAUGCAGGAAAAGUUUCAAAUCACGAGCCAGCAGGUGGCACAAUCAAAAGUGAUUUUGACAACUACUGUUGUUGCUGGGGGAACCCAAUUGAAGUCGCUUGUUAAAUGUCCUGUUGUGAUUAUGGAUGAAGCAACGCAAUCAUCAGAGCCAAGUACUUUGAUCCCGUUGGCCGUAUCUGGAGCUGAUAAAUUUGUUUUUGUAGGUGAUCAGAAACAAUUGAGUUGCUUCUCAUUGAUUCCGAGCUUGUCCACAUCUUUAUUUGAACGGGUUUUGUUAAAUGGAACAUACAAAUUACCACACAUGUUGAAUACCCAGUACCGUAUGCACCCUGCAAUCAGCGAGUUUCCAAGGAAUAGAUUUUACGAUGGGAAAUUAAUAGAUGGAAUAGACGCAGAUGCACGGAAACUUGCUGGUGUGGAGAACCCAUUGUAUUUUUGGGAUACAAGCGGAGCUGCAAGAGAACAAUCUGUGCGCAAUUUUCUUCGUGAGGACCGUGGAUACACUUUUACCAAUCGUCAAGAAGUUUCUUAUAUUCAACAAGUAUUGAAGAGUUUGAUUGUGGAAAAGGGAAUAAAAAGGGAAAACAUUGGUGUUAUAACACCAUACUCUGGUCAACGUGACUUGAUAUCAUCCAUAUUAGUCAAGGACGAUAUAAUCAAUCCUACAAAUGAAGAGUUACAAGUUGAAAUUGAUAUCGAUGAUAUAACCAAUGAUUCGAAGCCAGUCAAUAUUCACAUUGUCUCUGGCAUUAUGAUUGCAUCCAUCGACGCGUUCCAGGGAAGAGAAAAGGAUUUUAUGAUAAUGUCAUGUGUGCGGUCAAAUGUACAGGGUACGAUCGGGUUCUUGAAAGAUGAAAGAAGAUUGAAUGUUGCUCUUACCAGAGCCAAGUACGGGUUGAUUAUGGUUGGUGAUGUCGAUUGCUUAAAGAAAGGAGAUACGCUUUGGAGAGAGUACAUGGAGUAUUUGGAUGGGAAAAAAUUAAUACAUAGAGAAAGCCAGUUUAUAUAUUGA